UUAAACCCCGGGGCGGAGGGAUGCGUCGAAGAGGACGAGGGAGAUGGGGAGAGGGAGGGUGGAGUUGAAGCGGAUCGAGAACAAGGUAAACCGGCAGGUGACGUUCUCGAAGCGGCGAUCCGGACUGCUGAAGAAGGCUCACGAGAUCUCCGUCCUCUGCGACGCCCAGGUAGGCCUCCUCAUCUUCUCUCCCAAAGGCAAGCUCUACGAGUACUCCACCAACGCCAGCAUGGAAAGCCUUGUCGAACGUUAUCGUCUCCAUUCGUUUGUGGAAACUGGCAUACCAGUAGCAGCAGAUUCUGUGUCUCAGAUGAAUUGGAGGCAUGAGUGCGGAAAGUUGAAGGACAAUAUGGAGGCUCUGCAACGAAGACAGAUGCACUUGGCGGGGGAAGAACUCGAAUCGUUUGGACACAAAGAACUGCAGCAACUGGAGCAACAACUUGAUUCUUCUUUGAAACUUACAAGAUCAAGAAAGAACCAACUGAUGGUGGAUGGGAUCGAGGAGCUUGUCGAAAGGGGAAGGUCAUUGGAAGAGCAAAAUGGCAUUCUGAGGGACAAGCUCACAGAGAAUCAUAAGCACAGGGCUUUAGCCACAAUGAUCUCCCCUUUGCCUUCACCUUCAUCACAAAUGGACGUUCUCCCAUACUCCAAUAUCAGAACUUACCAAGCCGUAGUCACUCCUCCAGAGGAUGAACCACCUUCGAAUUCCCUUGCCUGGAAGAGGUUGCCUCAAUGGAUGCUUAACCAAGGGAAACCCUAAAUUAGAGUACUUUUUUAUGGGUAAACUUGAGGAAAACAACGCACUGAUCAGUAGCACUAUAUAUUUGGUAUCUCGAGGACAUGCCAACGACUCCUCUACCGGCAGAUUAGAAGACAUUAUGCUAUGGCAGCUUGAGCGGCACAAGUUUCUGAAACAUGGUUGAUAGAAAGAGUUUUUAUGGCACGAAACGAUUCUCCCCUGAUGUAGGUGCCACAAGAACUGUCAAUGUAUUAUUGUAAAAAAAUAUUUUAGACUGCAACUAGUUUGGUUUAAAUUAUGCGAAGUUCCUGUUUGUAUGCUUAAUGGGUUACUACUUUCGUGGAUGUAGUUCUUUGUGGUGCUGUAGCAAUUUCUCUGUAAUGGAAAGAAGUUUGUCGUA